AUGACAUUUUUUGAUUCAGGAUUUUUAGCCCUUGGUAAUAUAUUAUUCAUAAUUGGGAUAACAUUGAUAAUAGGACCACAAAGAACAAUAUCAUUUUUUAGUAGACCUACUAAAUUAAGAGGUAGUUUAUGUUUUAUAAUUGGGAUUUUAUUAAUUUUAUUAAAGAGAUCAUUUAUUGGAUUUAUAUUGGAAAGUUUUGGAAUUUUAGGAUUAUUUGGUGAUUUUUUCGGUACUAUUAUUCAAUUUUUAAGAUCUAUUCCUUAUAUUGGUGAUAUUUUAAGUCAUCCUUUAAUUGCUCCAACUAUUGAUAAAUUGGCAGGUAUUAGUAAUACUUUACCUGUUUAA